AUGGUUUCGCCAAAUGGUCAUCCCUUGCUAGACUCGAAUUCCCCAGCUCUUCACUUGACCCAUCCUACGGAUGCAGAAAAUCUCUCAAUAUGGAAUUUGACAGCCAGUUCCUGGAAAGAUGCUUUACCUGAAAGUGUUUACCUUAAAGAGUCAUCAUAUCUCAUGACAGUUCCGUUAGCAAAAGAUGGAGGAAUGACCCAAUGGAUAUUGGUAGAUAAGAAUCUCCCUCCCAAUCAACGAGCCCUACUGGCAUCUUGCGAAACAUUUCGUAAACGCUCGUGGAUAAUCACAGAUGAAGAAGGGGUCAGUAAUUUGACAGAGAUGGUCACACACGGUGUCGCUAGUGUAUACUGCGACUCAAAAUAUAGAGGCCGAGGCUAUGCUUCGCGACUCAUGAAGGAGUUAGCAAAUGUUUUACCAAAUUGGCAGACUGAGACCAUGAACUGCGUGGCUAGCGUGCUAUUUUCCGACAUUGGAAAGGAAUUCUAUACAAAGCUUGGGUGGCGGGCUUUUCCUAGCUAUCAUAUCGAGUUCGCUCCAUCAGCGGAUAUAUCACGAACAGCAAAGCCGAUAUUGGCCGGAGACCUCGAGCAACUUUGCAAGGAGGACGAGGAGUUAUCUCGAAAAGCCUUGAUAAACGCUAAACCAUGGUCUCUAAGUGAUAGAAGAACGAAGUUUAUGAUUGUUCCUGACCAUGAUCACAUGCUUUGGCAUCAUAGCAAAGAAGAAUUCGCGGCACAGACGCUGUUCCAGAAUACACCCAAGAUUAAAGGAGCUAUCACAGGAGAGCCUGGGAAUCGAAUCUGGGCUAUUUGGACACAUCGUUUUUAUGAACCUCCAGAAAGAUCGUCCAACAACGUCCUCUACAUCUUACGGUUGGUGGUUGAGGACCAAUCUGAUAUAGGAAAUCCGUUGCAGAUAGAACAGCUAAAAUCAAUCAUUUCAGCUGCACGAGCGGAGGCAGCAGACUGGAAUCUCCACCACGUAAAGAUAUGGGAUCCUUCUCCUCAAAUAAAAGGAUUGAUCAAGCAUAUAGGAGUUCCAUAUCAUGAAGAACAUCGCCAAGAGGAGGGAAUUUGUAGUUUGCUGUGGUAUGGACCAGGAGAUGGCACAGAAGACUCUAUAGAAUGGGUCUCGAACGAGAAAUAUGGAUGGUGUUAG